CUCGUGCAAUAAGGACGUACAUGUUCCAGUGAAAGCUGUAACGGCUGUUUCGUAUUGUGACUGGUGCCAGUGCGAUACAGAGGCCCGCGGAUCCACCGGAUCCCGGGAGACCGACCACUUCACGAGAUUAUGUCCGCCCGCGAGAUCCGUCUCCCGUCUGGUUUAUGGGUGCCACAUUCAGUCAGACACGUUUAGCGAUGCCUGUCAUUUAAGAUUCCUGUGUGUUUGUUUAGCGUCAAGUGCCGGUGUUUGAGUGUGUCUGGUGCUGUAUGCAAGACCGUGCACUUCGCAAUCGUCAGGUGGGGCAGUAGCCAGAUGAUUGACAGAAGGAAAUAAAGUUGAGCAACCACAGAAUUGAGCGCAAAAGGAAUAGCUGCCAUUCGAGGAGAAGGAAUGCCGCUUCAUGUACACGUUUCCUCCUCGUUCGUAUUCAAUCCGUGCCUAACAAGCUGCCGUUGAAGCUGCGCUUAUUUCGUGUCGAUUGCGAAUGUUUUUGUUUGAAUAAUUUCACUUAACAUUCAGAGGUAGAGGAACAACACUGCCUGGAUCGUAAAAGUAAAUGCACUCAAUGGUACACGCGUUUGUGUUGUGAAUUGCUAAUUAUUAACUUCCGCACGGUGUUAAAGUUCAAAUGGAUUACUAGCACGGUGAUAUUCAAUCCACAAUACCUACCUACAAUAUACUACUUUACGCUAAUUGUUGUUUGUUAAUGAUAAUGUUAUACGUAUAGUUCUCAUUUUCGAAUAUUGCGUUUUUAAUGAUGGCAGUUUGAUGAUGCAGUAAAUCGCUCGAAUGUUCAUUACAAUUAUUCAUGCGUAUAAAAAAUGAAUAAAACCCAUCAGAAGAUCUACAUCGCGAAAAUGUUUAUUUCUAAUGAAGUUAUUUUAAGAUUUCAAAAACAACAAACGGAUCACGUGUGUUUUGAGUUAUGUUGAGUAUUUUGUGCGAAGUUAGUGAAAAGUUUAUCAGAAUUGAUGCCACAACAUAGGAAAGUGUUUAUUGUGCAACUAACGUGGAAAGUAUCUUACUGAAAUAAUCGGAAGCGAAAACAACCUCUAAUCAGUGCGAUCAAACCAUUAAAAUUCCUAUGGGAGUGAGUUACUAGUGAAUAGUAGUAGUGUAUUAAGCAGCUUACACGGAUUCGUCUGUUACUGCAAAGUGAUCAAUUGCUGGGUGUCAAACAUAUUGUGGAAUUUAUUCAUUUUCAUCAAUUCAAAAAAAAGGAAAUAAAAAAAAUACAACAGUGAUCUGUUUCUGGUAGCGAAAACUGGAGGAACGGGUUAUCCCGUGCAAAACGCGAAGUGAUGGCCGACAAAGAUAAAUGUUUUAGCGUGAAUGCAAUAAUUGUUUUGCUGGUUGCUCACUUUUGUGCUUCAGUAGCCAGCACGGGAUUGAGGAAUCUCUCAUUGUCCAUCAAACCACCGUGGGUGAGACGUGGUCAGGAGGCACAGCUACACUGUCAGUAUGAGAUGGAAGGCACACCGCUCUACUCCGUCAAAUGGUACCGAGGCACACUGGAGUUCUACCGAUAUUCACCGUUCGAAAAUCCACCAGCAAAAAUCUUUCCAUUUACUGGUAUUAAAGUAGAUAUGACCGUAUCGAAUGCAACACACGUCACGUUACGAAAUGUGGGGUUUAAUUUAUCCGGUAAUUUCACAUGCGAAGUUACAGCGGAUGCACCCUCAUUCUACACGGGCGUUGCAACAAAUGUGUUAACGGUAGUAGAACUACCUCAUUCUCCACCAACCCUAUGGACGGAACACACCAAAUACGAUCCGGGCGAUAUUCUACGAGCUAACUGUUCUACACCACCGUCGAAGCCUGGGGCCACGAUAACGUUUCUACUGAACAGUAUGACGGUCGGGACAGAAUCGACAGUGCUGCAUCCUACGCACGACAAUCUUCACUGGGCAUCGCGGGAUCUUACAAUCCAGCUACUGCCUUCCCAUUACUCAACGGGGCAGCUAAUAUUGCGAUGCUUGGCUGAAGUUGGCACUAUUUACUCGGAGGUAUCGCAAGCACCGCUGGAAUCUAGCCGCAAGGAACCCAUUCCAGAGCGAGUUACAUCCCCCAACUGUGCCGCCACACUGACAAGAUGCAGAAAAUCUCACCGGCAACAUCUUUGGGUUACCACUAUAGCAAUGUUUGUGAUAUUGGCUGUAAUACACUCCUACCGGCCGAGCUCGCUGCUCCGAUAGCUUUCACCGUUUUCACCAUUGUAAUACAACAGAGUCCAGUCAGCAACAUCAUGAGCGAAUGUGUCAGAGUGAAGAAUUAAACUGGUAGCGAAUGAGAGGAUAAGGAUCUAAAAUGUCCGCCGGGAACGCUUAACAUGUGUAGCAUUUUCUGGCCAGUUUGCAUACCCUGCAAGCGUUCAAAUCUGUAGAUUGCGUACACGAAGUAACCAACUUGACAGAUCGCUCGCACUCGGCCAUAAACGGGGUAUAAUCGUUGAACCACCAUGAGAUGCAUCGUACUCAUUGUAGGGAUUGAACGUGUAGAGACAACUUUAUCCCGGUAACAUAAGUAAGUGUAUCUCGACACAUACUUCCCCUAACGGAUGCUAGAAAGCAACUGGCAAAAACAGUGGCAGGAGAAAGCAAUCGUUGAAAUAACUGACAUAAAACAAAGAAAUGGUCGUCUUGCAAUGUAGUGCAGAAACCGUAAAAUAGUGUGAAUGUAAAUGUUGUGCAGGCAGAAGAAAUAGAAUUUAAACAGAAUGCUGCAAACUGAUGUUAAAAAAAAAAAGUCAAAUAGAAGCAGCCGGCCGCAAGUGUAACUAUGUUGACUGAAUAACACGUGUGAAAUGUUUUUAUGGUCAGAGGAAAACAUUGAUGGGUAGAAAAUUAAUUAACAAAAAAUCUAGCAAAACUAACAGUGGAAAGCAGAAUUGUUGACAGGUAAAUUGAUGCUAGCAUUACGAUAACCUUUCGUAUGACAUUUACAAAGCAACCGCAGUAGCAGCAGCAGUAGCAACAGUAUCGGAGUCAAUGGGUACUAAUAAACGUGUCAACAGGCAGCCAAAACAAAACAUAACUACCGGUAUGCAUGGAGGACUUACUUGUUGUUAGAAAUAUUAUUUUGAACAACGAUAGGACGCAAUUUUUACACCCAACAAUGGUAAAUACGAGGUGCGACAGCAGUUGUGAAUUAUGUAACAGGCGCCUGCAAUCUGUUGUGAUUUUUUUUGCAAAUUCUUAAUGAAAACCCACGUGUAGUGAAGCAAAACUGUAAGCCGAGUGAGAAAAAUUGUUACAAAACGUAAGCAAACUGGGAGUGGUCGUAUUGCUGAUGUGAAGGAGAUUCCUUCUUGAUCCAUAACGAAACACGUAUCCAACGUAUCCCCUUACCGCCCGAAUGUGAAACGAUUCGCUCGCACCCAAAACGAAGCUCUUUUUCCAGUUCGCAUAACAAAAACAAAAACUUGUAUAAUUAGAUUACGAACGUGUGCACCGAACGCUGGUACAUGAGUACACAAGUAGUGCGGUACACAGAAGGUAAAAAAAACUUCAUUAAAACAAAACAUUGACGUAGGGUAAUGUUGCGAGUAAGCUGAGCCCAAUAGCAGGAGCUAAACAAACUUGAAAAUAAAAAAAAUACAGUUUUUUUUAGCGCUACGGGCAAUCGGUUUUUAAACGCUACUGUUACACGUGCAGGCGCGCAUGGAAGGCAAGGUCCAGGGAAAUUAGGGAAACUUGUGGUUGAAUAAAGAUGGUGUAAGGAACGAUGUACACUCUUAAGCUACACACAAGCUAGAAUGGGCACGUACGUAUUGAUAAGCCGUCUUACACUUACCACCUCACCACACGCACAUGCAAGUCAACGUUGAAAAACUAUCGUUCAUAGGUGACACACACCACAUCAAGGCAAACGCAAGGAUAAUAGCCACUGCACGAAGGUAAUUAAGAAGCAAAGAAAGCCGAGACAUUGUCAGUUGCUGUUAAGCGCUGCUAAACGAUAUCAAUGAGGCGAAGAAGGAUGGCAAUGGGAAAGAAACCGUACAGCAAUACUCUUCUCCGCAACGGUCGGAAACCGUUCAUCGUACGUCACUUAAUUAUCAACGCACGAGUGACACAUGGCAAUCGUUCAGCUAGAUUCAGAAGUUAGCAUCAGCAAUACCAGACAAAGGAUGUCUUCUCAGUAAAUCGGAAAAGGAGCAUGGACAGCUGAAACCUUUCUCUGCAGCAGUAGUCUGAGACAUUGGGCAAGAAUACUAAGAAAUGUAAGGAAAUUUGAUGCAAUUGAUUGUUUAAGCUGAGUCAAUGGACAUUUUCAUAGUCUUCAAUGCAAUAUUUCCAACAUGUUGGGUAGUGCUAUACUUAUAGUUAAAACACAUUUUAUUACUGUUUAUAUUGAAAUUAACAUCUCAUUUGUAUCGUUACUGGACUCUGAAGAGGUCGUAUAAAACAAUUUAGAUUCAAAACUCCAAAUACAUUUCAUUAUUACUUACAUUUAUAAGUAUACGGACGUUGCUGUACGUAGCCCUUUUCAUGUUUUUUUUUAAUUUUCAUUCUAAUUGAGUCGCUUCAAGGGUAGACGCGUUAACGUCUUGCAAAGGCCGGACAUGGUUCGAUUGGCAGCGUUACCCUCAGCAGUUUAGGCUGACUAAUCAGCUUCGUGGUCAACAUAAGUCCAGAAAGCCUAUAUAAGAUCGGCAUGACAGCGUUUGAUAAUCACGUCAAGUAUAAUAUGUAAAUAAUUUUCAACGGUUGAUAAAACUAUACAGUUCUUUUUCUAUUUUUAUUUCAUUUCAUUACUUCAUUUAUUUCUAUUUUUCAUACUGGUUUUAAUAAAGAUUCAUCGUUUUAAGUGUUGGAAUGUAACGACGAUAAGUAGCAGUUAGAUUGAUUAAUUUUUAUUUUGUGGACAAAAUGUAAGGUAAUAUCUUGUUCUGUUUUAUUUAUUUCAAUAUUCAAUAUUAU